UAAUAGAAAAUUACAUACAUACAGACACGCUUUUUGUAUUAAAUUGAAUGUUAAACCUUAAUGACAGUGUUAUCUUUAGGAACAAGAUCAACAGAUUUUAUCACAUUUUCGUCAUUCGUAAUGUGUUCCUUUUUGCAGAUAGUAGCAUCUCACUUAGAUAGGCUUUUCAACGUUCCAUAUGAAGCUAAACCAUAAAUCAUGUGUCGUCGCUUACUGUACAUUUGUGAUAAAUAAUUCAAAGUGAAUAUACUUUUUGUGUUGUUAUUAUUACUACUAUUCUUAUUUUUUUAAUUUCAAUUUGACUUAAUUCAGUCGUUAUUUGUACCUCGUUUGGUUAAUAUGGUUCUACACAAUUUGGUCUGAUCUUUUUUUUUUUGUGAAAGAUAAAAGUCAAGUUCAUAGUUAUUUUCAUUCUCGAUAUAAUAUACAGAUGGAACUGAUUGAUUAAUAAAGUUCAUAACAAACUCAUGCGAAAAACAAUAACGAUGAGCUUUUAAAAACAUUAAAAUAAUAAGAUUAAUAACUUAUAAGUGCAUAAAAUUGAAUUGAAAAUGGAAAAUUUGGGAUAUAAAGAAGGCUCCGCAAAGCCGACAGUGACUAAACGUAGAAUGAGUCGAGCACGUGGAAGUGUCAUAGAAAACGAAGCUCUACCGCUUUCGAUAUCUCCUAGAUUUAAAAGUGUUACUUCGUCUAUGGUUCGGUGGAGGCAAGAUCCUGAAGCAAUGAUUGAAGAGGAAUAUCCGUCUGAAGAUUUUGAAUAUAUGGAAAUGGGAACAUGUCCACCAGCAGAAAGUGCUCCGAAUUCAAUGUAUGACAGCUUUGAGGAGACUACAACUGAUUUGAGUAUUCAUAUUAAUCGAGAAUCUAUAAAAAAUAAUUUAUUGGAUCAGAUGAAGACAGUAGGUGUAAAUGGACAUGUAAAGUUUUAUGAAGAUGUUGAACAAGGAAAUAUUAUUGCAUCUAAUUGCUCUGAGCUGUUGAGUGACUUGAGUAAAAUCGAGAAAAAUCUAAUAUACCUGUGGUCUACAUUUCUAAAACGUUGGGACAUUUUAGAAGCUCUUAUUAAAAUAGGAGCUGAUUUAUGUUUUUGUGAUCAAAAUGGUUAUUCUGCACUUCAUCUAGCAUCAUUUAGUGGAUGUUUGACAAGUAUUAAUUUUUUAUUGUCACACGGUGUUGAUGCAAAUUUUCAUACAAAAUGUUUUACUCCUUUGCAUUUUGCUGCAUUUGGAAACUCCCCUGAGGCUGUAAAAAUGUUGAUAAACAAUGGUGCAAAAGUAACAAAUGGAAGUUUAAAUGGAAAUAUAAAUAAAUUGAGUGCUGACGAAUCCUUAUUACACUGUGCUGUACGUUCAAAUGCCACCGAAUGUUUAAAGCUUUUUAUAGACGAGGGUGUUGAUGUAAAUCAGUUAAGAUCUAAUGGUACAAAUGCAAUUCAUUUGGCUGCAGACUUAGGGCAUUCGAAAUGCCUUGAAAUAUUGUUGAACGCACCUAAAGCUGAUCCAAAUAUUCGAAUUUGUAUUCGCGAAAAAGAAUCCACAGCAUUGCAUCUCGCAGCCGAUGAAGGAAAUGCUGAAUGUGUUGGGUUACUUUUAGCAAAAGGAGCCGAUGCAAAAGUUAAAAAUCAUCGUGGUUUCACACCAUUGCAUUUAGCAGCAAGAACAUCAAAUUUAGAAUGUGUCGAAUUAUUGUUGAGAGAUGGAAAUGCAGAUCCUAAUUCUGAAGAUUUUGAUCAUAGAACUCCCCUUCAUGCAGCAAUAAGUAAAUCUGAUUCAUCAUUUGAUAUCAUUGAAGCCCUAGUAUCUUGGGGUGCGAAUGUAAAUGCCAAAGAUGUUUAUGGAUUUACUGCUCUGCAUUUGGCAGCUCUAGAUGGCCUUGCUCAUUGUGUUGAGCUAUUAAUUUACCAUGGCUCAGAUGUCACAACAAAAUCGCGUAAAGGUACCACUGCUCUAAAUGUAAUCAAUCGCAAAACGCCGGCAUCUUUAGCAAUAGUGAGUCAAAAGCUUGAUGAAGCUAUAACAUUAACACACAGUCAAGAUAAUCAAAAUCGCGAAGUCGAACUUGAACUUGAUUUUAGAAGCAUAUUGCAACAUUGUCAUCCAAGGGAGAUUAGUUAUUUGAAUACAUUUGUCGAUGAGGGAAACAAAGAGAUACUACAACAUCCGCUGUGCUCAGCAUUUCUAUACAUUAAAUGGGGCAAAAUUAGGAAAUACUAUAUAGCUCGUCUAUUGUUCUGCUUUAUAUUUGUUUUGUUUUUGACGCUAUACGUAUUAACUGCUUUAGCACAUAACUGUUAUAAUGGAAGUAAAGACAUGGAAGAUACAAUUCAAGAACAAGAACUUUGUCAAAAACAAUCAAUAUUAGGAGAUAUGUUGAGAAAUAAUCCCUUCGUAAUGGAAAUGCAAUGGUGGUUUCUAGUUGCAAUAACAAUAGUUGAAAUUUGCCGAAAAAUAUAUGGCAUCACUGGUUAUUCAUCAUUCAAACAUUAUGUUCGACAAAUGGAAAAUGUAAUUGAAUGGUUUGUGAUUUGGAGUGUAUUUAUUAUAUCACAUGUAUAUACUGAUCGAACUUAUACGUGGCAAAAUCACGUUGGAGCUUUUGCUGUUCUUCUUGGUUGGACUAAUUUGAUGCUGAUGAUUGGACAACUUCCAGCACUUGGCGCUUACGUAGCCAUGUAUACCAAAGUUCAAGGAGAAUUUGCAAAAUUAUUUGCUGCCUACUCUUGCAUGCUAAUUGGAUUUACAAUUAGCUUUUGUGUAAUUUUCCCAUCUUCACCCGAUUUUGCGAAUCCGUUUAUGGGUUUCAUCACAGUUUUAGUCAUGAUGACAGGAGAAAACGAUGUGUCAAUAUUGGUGAAUGAUCCCGAUGGAAAAGAUCCUCCUUUCUUAUUGGAAGUUUCCGCGCAAGUAACAUUCAUAUUAUUUUUGCUCUUCGUAACUGUCGUGUUGAUGAAUCUGUUGGUCGGUAUAGCAGUUCACGACAUUCAAGGACUUAAAAAAACAGCAGACUUGUCGAAACUUGUACGACAAACAAAACUCAUAUCGUACAUUGAGUCUGCAUUAUUUAACGGAUGGCUCCCGAAUUGGUUAAGAAGUUUACUACAUUAUACUGCUCUGGUAUCACCUCAAGCAUAUAAAGUAGUACUAAGUGUUCGACCAUUAAAUCCAGGAGAGAAACGUCUUCCUCGACACAUCCUCAUGUCUGCAUACGAAACUGCUUCAAAAGCAAGAAAACAUUAUACUGUUGCAAAUAAGAACUCAAACAUUUCAUAUUUUUCUUAUAAGAAUAAAUUAGAAAAUAACAGUGCAACUGCAUUAGUUGAAAGAUCUGUCGAUUCAGAUUAUUUCGAAACUGAUAGUAUGUGCACAUUAACUAAUAAGAUUGAAGAAAGUGCUGAAAAAAUUGACCAGCUUACAAAUGAGAUACGAGAAUUAAAAAUGAUAAUAGGACAAGAUCGUCUCGCAAUUGAAAGAUUAAUAACAAUGUUAUCAUCAAAUAAUAAUGCAAAGCAAGAUAAAAGUACUGACAAGUAA